AUGGCUACGCACCACCAACCCAAAGACUCUUCAUCGAGUAGUAGUAAUGUGUUCUAUGACACUGCAAUGAAUGACUCUCCUGAAUCUCCCACUUCACGUAAAAGAAAGCAAGAAGAGCUGCAAUACACUCCACACCAUGCCAUGCAUCACCAGCUGGAGCUACCUUCUUACUAUCACACAGAGCAGCAGCAAUGGCUUCAACAACAGCACCCGCCACUGCCGUCAGCGCAGCACAAUGUACAAGCAGACACCUCCUCCUCUCUCGUCAUUCAUUUCAAUAAUGAAGCAGAUAUGCAAGCGUCAUCUGAUAUAUUGCCUUGGAACCAUCAUCAUCCACAGCAGCAACCACAUUCAAUUUCCACAUUAAUGCAGUCGGAUUUCAACAUAUCCGAUCCGCAACAAACAUCCGCCUAUGGCCACCACGGCAGCAGUAGUGCCUACCUACCAGCUCACAGUAACAACGAACAAUCGAGUGCAGGUCUGAUUCAUGGAGGAGGAGGAGGAGGGCGUCAUGAUGUACUGCAUACGGCUACACUUAGUGGCGGUAAUGGCGGCGUGGGAGAAAACAAAGGCCUGUCCGAGAUUCACCAAAUGUUAAAUCUAGAUCAAUUUGCUACUACUGACAGUACUGCCACGCCAACAUCUGUGCAGACACCCACGCCUACAAACUACAGCUUUGUCGACGAGCCAACUGGCCUGCAUUUAGCUGAUCUCGGCUCUGGUAAUCUGCACCAACAACGGCAGUUGAUUCAGUCCUGGAGUAACAGCAGUGCUGGUGGUACAGCAAAUGCACAACAAACCAGUUAUUCAAACAACGGUAGUAGUACACCUGGCUUCUUUACACCUGGUUUUCUGGAAUCAUUGCAAGAGGAUGAUAACGAAUCGUACCAUACUUCUGACUUUCCAUUUCAUCAGCCGAAUCAGACCCAAGAAUGGCAUACAUCGUCUUCAUCCUCACCACAUGGCACGAUUGAAAACGCUAUGGAGCAUGAUGCCAUCAUGGUGCCUGAAAGAACGCUGGUGUCGCAGCUCAAGGACACUAUGGGCACUGCUGCCUCUAAUCAACUGUCUACGCUAUUCCACCACCAAGGAUCCACACCGUCGUCUCCAACCCCUCAUCCACAUCGCCUUCAGCACGCAACUUCCACUUCUGCUGCUGCCGCUGCUGCCGCUGCUGCUGCUGUGGCUGCUGGUAUUCUGUCGUCUUCCUCCAUCUCGUCGGCCUCCUCCAACGCAUCGCCACCACCUCCCACUGCUAUGCCCAUUCCAAAUCAAGCUAGCCACGAUAAAAGUGGUACUACCAUCAAUUAUUUCGACGACAAUUCUCGAUUCAUUGACCAGCGUCGACAGCAAGUGCUGAAUGCGAGACUAUUACAGCACGCCGUGAACGAAGCAAGAAUGAAGCCUAUUAUACGUAACUACCUGUCGAACCACUAUGAUGAAGAAGAGCGCACUGUUAUCAUACUGACCAGCAAGGUCGCUCAAAAGAGCUAUGGCACAGAGAAAAGGUUCCUGUGCCCUCCGCCAACAGCCAUCUUGGUAGGCAAGAACUGGUGGACCUCGCCCUCUCAGAGACUGCAUCGAUUAGACGGUGGUCAUAGUAAUGAAGUCUUGAAAAUGCCGAAUGGAAACGAACUCUGUCCACCCAAAAUUACUGUGUCCAUCUCUGGCGAAACGUCCACUCAAUCGGGCCAGAUUGAAUGGUAUACUGUAUCUGGUGUCACAGUUGGACAAACAGGACACAUCAAGACCCAGCAAACGGCCUCUCCAUCCACAUCGACUACGUCUACUUCAACGGGAUCCACCGCCGAGCAACCCCAGUCAGUGCAAGCACAACCACAGCCACCACAGCAACAACAGCAUCCAAGUCGAUUUCGUAGCUCUGCAGAGUCUCGCAACAACAGCAUUGACUGGUAUCACAACCAUGCACAUGAGCUACUGGCUGCUGGAAAGUGUGUCUCCAAGCACUUGUACAUCAACGACGCGGAUGAGAAACGAAAGAGAGUGGAAGGCCUGAUCCGAAUCCAGCUUGCGAAUGGAAUACAGAUGGGUGCAUUGGCAUCAAAGGGCAUCAAAGUGAUCAGUAAGCCUUCCAAGAAGAGACAAAGCGUGAAGAACAUGGAGUUGUGUAUCCAUCAUGGCACUACCGUGUCCUUGUUCAAUCGCAUUCGCUCUCAAACAGUGUCCACAAAGUACUUGGGCGUCUCGUCAUCCUCGCCGUUUUCAUUUCCUGGACAGCCCUUUCAAGGAGGCACGCCUGGAGAAGGCACAUGCUUUGUUGCUCGCACAACGUGUUGGGAUCCCUUUGUCAUUUGGGUUGUGGACACCACGCGCUCUCCCAGCGACGCCAAAGAAAGCGAUACCCCUGAGGAUUUCAUUGGACGCAAUGCCUACACGCGCAACAUUCCCUACCCACCGCCACCCGCCAUUGCAUUGAAGAACAAGACGAGUCAACUGAUUCCAAUUCACUACAACCAGCAUGUUGUGUUACAGUGUCUGACUACAGGUCUUGUGAGUCCAGUCAUGAUUAUCCGAAAAGUGGAUAAAGCGUCCACUGUGGUAGGUGGAGCCCAGAGUACAGAUGAUCUCAACCUGAUGGGUGGUGGUGAAUACGGCGAUGAAGUGUUGGGUGAUCCCGUUUCUCAGUUACACAAGGUAGCACUUCAAAUCGUCCAAGAUCCACAGCAACAGCAACAGCAACAGCAACAGCAUCAAGCAAAGCAGCCUGAUAUCAACUACUUUGCAACACCCUCCCCAUCUGCAACUGCACCUCAGAUGCCUCGCACCUGUCACCCAGUGACCUAUCUCGCCUGCCUCAACGACAUGGUGGGCAUGCACAAGACGACCGAUGCCAGAAAACCUAUUGCUCCAGCAAUGUCAGCACCCAAACCCAACAGUACCAGCACCAGCACCAGCAGCCAUACCAGCAAUCUCGCGCAUCAAUGGGACGAUGUAGACGCCAUGUUUGACAUCACAUCACAGGAAGCAGGCGGCAAAAUUGUGCGCAAAAGACGAGUUUCUACAGAUCCAUCGUCCAUGAUGGACACUAGUAGCAAACUAUUUGAUGCCAGCGAUAUCCUGCACGACCCUCGUCGCCGUGUCAACAGCCUAAAUGACGACUACACAUUCUAUCACAACAUGCCGUCUAUUGCACCUCCAGGUAUAUCCAGAUCUCAACAGCAACAUCACCAUGAAAUUUCCCGUAAAUCAAGCAUCAGCAGCAACGGCUCUACCGGUACUGCUGCAAAUGGAGGCACAGGAGGUCGACGCGCUUCGGUCCAAAAUCAAGGAAUGAAUGGUUUGGGUGCGUACUGGCAUGAAGAUGUCUCGGACGCCGCCGUUUGGACCAUAGUGGGCACAGAUUGUGCGACUUACACGUUCUUGUCACCAAGUGAAGAAGUAUUACAGCAUGACGGUAGUGACACUAUGCCGUCUCUCUUACCAAACAAUGUAGCCUCCUCCUCCACAACGGCUCCAGCACCAGCGCCUUUCCCUUCAUUGAUACAUAUGACAUCGAAAUCCAGCCUCGACAACAAGAAUCAGAUACAGUUAAGCUUGCACGGCGAGAACUUUUCUCGCGAUUUGCAAGUGUGGUUUGGAGAUAUUAAGGCGGCUAAUGUAGAGUAUCGAAGCCGAGAAUUGAUGAUUUGUCGAGUGCCAUCAAAGCAUGAAUUGCUAUCAACAAAGCACACAUUUGACCAAAUACCUAUUUUGCUGGUCAGAGGAGAUGGUACUAUAUGUAAAACAAACAAAACCUAUCGUAUAUAA